AUGAGUGUUCUCCUCACAGUGCCAGACAGUCUUCUUGGCACCGCAGGAGUGCAGCUCCAUCCUCCUGCUCUCGCCAGGAGCGGCCGCCCUCAGCCCGUUGGGGACAGAAGGGUCGCCGACCCGGGCGCACGCCCACCUGUCGCGCGCAAGCGCAGAACGCCGCCUGGCUCUCCCGCGGCGCAGUCACUGCGCAGGCGCGGCGGCCGCUGCGAGUGUGUCUGUGCGGCGAUAAGAUGGCGGCGACGGGAGACGCGGCGUGAGAAGCCGGAGCAGCACCGAACCUCAUUGAGACGGGCCGCCAUGGCCCUCCACAACCCACAGUAUAUUUUUGGCGAUUUCAGCCCUGAUGAAUUCAAUCAGUUUUUUGUGACUCCCCGCUCUUCAGUUGAGCUCCCUCCAUACAGUGGGACUCUAUGUAGCAUACAGGCUGAAGAUGAACUGCCAGAUGGACAAGAACAUCAGAGGAUCGAGUUUGGCGUAGACGAAGUCAUCGAGCCUAGUGAGGGUCUGCCUAGAAACCCUAGCUACAGUAUUUCAAGCACCUUGAACCCCCAGGCACCUGAAUUUAUUCUUGGUUGUACGACUUCCAAAAAGACCCCUGAUGCUGUAGAAAAAGAGGAGACCUACAGCUCUAUUGACCAGUACCCGACCUCAGCGUUGGCUCUAGAAAGGAACUCUAACACAGAGGCAGAGGCCUUGGAGAACGACAGUGGUGCCAGUGGUCUUGGUCAAAGGGAGCGGAAAAAAAAGAAGAAGCGGCCCCCUGGGUACUACAGUUAUCUGAAGGAUGGUAGUGAGGACAGUGCUUCCCCAGCUGCCCUAGUCAACGGCCAUGCCACUUCGGUGGGCACGAACAGCGAGGGUGUGGAGGAAGCUGAGUUCAUGGUGGAUAUGCUCCCGUCAGUCAUGCCCAGGACUUGUGAUAGCCCUCAGACUCCCAUGGACUUCAUCAAAAUGUUGAUGUCCAGAGGAAACAAAGCUGGUGCUGAGCUAAGUGCAGGGUUUCAGAGGACACGCUCACCCGAAGGAGUCUCUCAGAAACGUGCAUGGAUUCUGGUGCUGCUGACUGUAAUGUUGUUAAUGUCUUCCUUCACCCUUGCAGAGUUAUUGGAGACUGUAACCCUAAUACAUAAGCCAGUGUCAUUGCAACCCCGUGGGCUGAUCAAUAAAGGAAACUGGUGCUACAUUAAUGCCACCCUGCAGGCAUUGGUGGCUUGCCCUCCGAUGUAUCACCUGAUGAAGUUCAUUCCUCUGUACUCAAAAGUGCAAAGGCCUUGCACAUCAACGCCCAUGAUAGAUAGCUUUGUUCGGCUCAUGAAUGAGUUUACUAAUAUGCCAGUACCUCCCAAACCCCGCCAAGCUCUCGGGGAUAAGAUGGUGAGAGAUAUUCGCCCAGGAGCUGCCUUUGAACCCACGUACAUUUACAGACUCCUGACAGUCAUCAAGUCGAGCCUGUCUGAAAAGGGCCGACAGGAGGAUGCUGAAGAGUACCUAGGUUUCAUCCUCAAUGGACUCCAUGAGGAGAUGCUGAGCCUGAAGAAGCUCCUCUCACCCACGCAUGAAAAGCACUCUGUUUCCAACGGGCCUGGAAGCCACUUGAUAGAGGCUGAGGAGCUGGAAGACACGGGAGAGGGCAGUGAGGAUGAGUGGGAGCAAGUGGGCCCCAAGAACAAGACCUCCGUCACCCGGCAGGCGGACUUCAUCCAGACACCCAUCACAGGAAUUUUCGGUGGACACAUCAGGUCUGUAGUUUACCAGCAGAGUUCUAAGGAGUCCGCCACUCUGCAGCCGUUUUUCACGCUGCAGUUGGAUAUCCAGUCUGACAAGAUACGCACAGUCCAAGAUGCAUUGGAAAGCUUGGUGGCGAGAGAGUCUGUCCAAGGUUACACUACCAAAACCAAGCAAGAGGUGGAAGUCAGCCGCAGAGUGACUCUGGAGAAGCUUCCCCCUGUCCUCGUGCUGCACCUGAAGCGCUUCGUCUAUGAGAAGACAGGUGGAUGCCAGAAGCUGGUCAAGAACAUCGACUACCCCGUGGACUUGGAGAUCAGUAGAGAACUACUUUCUCCAGGCGUCAAAAAUAAAAAUUUUAAAUGCCACAGAACCUAUAGGCUGUUUGCAGUGGUCUACCAUCACGGCAACAGUGCUACAGGCGGCCACUACACUACAGACGUCUUCCAGAUCGGGCUUAAUGGCUGGCUGCGAAUUGAUGACCAAACGGUCAAGGUUAUUAACCAGUACCAGGUGGUGAAACCGACUGCUGACCGCACAGCCUACCUCCUGUAUUACCGCCGUGUGGACCUGCUGUAAUCAUGCCCGUGUGCCUGUGUGUGCCUGACGCUGCUUCCUACAACUCCCAACUCACUCACUACCCACCUCUCUAGUGGCUCUGUAGAGAGAUGCUCCCUCUGUGCCCAUGGGCUUGGAUGGAAGAUGCCUGGGGGUCUGCACAGCGCAGCUCAUGCUGACUCAGAGACUUCA